UUUGCAGGGAAGUGGUUCCUGGUGGGGGUGGCCUCUGAUUGCCUUUACCUGCGUGAAAGUGGCUACCAGGUGGAGGCCACCAGCGUGGUUGUGUCGGUGAGGGACAGGGACUCGCUGCACUUUAGCACCUUCAGGCCUCUGGAGGGGAUUUGCUGGAACAUCAAGCAGAGCUAUUUUGCUGGCAAGGCCCCAGGCCGCUUCCUCCUGAAAGGCCGCGCUGUUCCCGUGGACGUGGUGGUGGGAGAGACGGACUAUAGCAGCUACGCCAUCCUCUACUUCCAAAAGAACCGCAAGAUCUCAGCCAAGCUUUACGGACGGACGGCACAAGUGGAAAAUAGCAUCCUGAAGAAGUUCGAAGCUGCCAUGACAGCCCUGGGCAUCAGCGACGAACUCAUCUUCUAUUACCCCGUCUACGGGUUUUGCAGCUCGGCCGACCAAUUCCACAUCCUUGACGAAACGAAAUUCACAGGAUAGCAGGAAUCAAGGAGCGAUCCUUGCCUCCGACAGCCUCUGCGGACACAAAGGAGAGCUGAAAUCGCCCAAGUUUUCCCUUGCAUUUGUUCCCGUGAAAAUAAAACCGAGAAAACCCAG